AUGCCGAAGGCCACCAGCUCCCGUGCCGCCGCCGCGGCGCGCAGACACAACCCUCUCGCCGAAGAUAUCACCUCCGCGGGGCACCUUCGGACACAGAGCAGCAAGAAAGGCAAAGCCAAGGCCAACGAAAACGACGAAGAUGGCGAGAAUGGGCAGCGCUAUGUCGAUGCGAAGAUGUCGCGCAAAAUUCUACAAAUUGGACAGGAACUUGCCGAGGAGGAUGCCGCCGAGCAACUUAAGAACUCAGCACAGCCCAAGUCAAAUGGUGCAUUUGAUUUCGAUACCCGAUUCGAGGAUGAGGAGGAGCCGUUCUCCGACGACGAGGGCAAGUUCGAAGCCGAUGAUUGGGUCGAUGAUGAAGUUGAGCAAGUGGAGGUCGAUCCCAACGAUCUAGAUAUGUUCAACAAAUUCAUGCCUCACGAGGAAGACCCUAUAUUCCACCCGAAGGAUCCUAGCUCCGCUGGCCCCACCAACCUUGCCGAUUUGAUCCUUGAGAAGAUCGCCGAGCACGAGGCAAAGCAGUCUGGAGAGGCUGGCCCUUACGGUCCCUACAUCCAAGGUGGUGGUAUCCCUGAGGAUGCCGUCCAGCUUCCCGCAAAGGCUGUGGAAGUAUAUGAGAAGGUUGGCAUGAUUCUAUCUCGCUACAAGUCUGGCCCGCUCCCCAAGCCUGUCAAGAUCCUUCCCUCUGUACCGAACUGGCAGACCCUUCUGGAUAUCACUCGCCCCGAGUCAUGGACUGGCAAUGCCGUUUAUGCCGUGACCCGUAUUUUCAUUUCGUCCAAGCCUGCCGUUGCCCAGGAGUUCAUUAACAUGGUGCUUCUGGAUCGCGUGCGCGAGGAAAUCCACGAGACCAAGAAGCUGAACGUCCACACCUACAACGCACUUCGCAAGGCUCUGUACAAGCCCGCAUGCUUCUUCAAGGGACUCUUGUUCCCCCUCGUGUCAACCGGCACUUGCACCCUGCGCGAAGCCCACAUUGUCUCUUCUGUGGUUGCCCGUGUCUCUGUUCCCGUGCUGCACUCCGCAGCUGCCCUGCUCCGCAUGUGUGACCUUGCCGCGGAACAGUCCUUGACCUCCCUUGAAAGCACUGGCGCUGUCAACAUGUUCAUCCGAGUCUUCCUGGAGAAGAAAUAUGCCCUGCCUUACAAGGUCAUUGACGCCCUGGUCUUCCAUUUCAUGCGCUUCCGCGCCGUCGAUCCUUCCGAGGAUGCCAUGAAUGAUGGUCCCUCUGGAUUAGGGUCCAAGGCAUAUAAGCUGCCCGUUCUUUGGCACCAGUCCCUUUUGGUCUUUGCCCAGCGUUACCGUAACGAUAUCACCGAGGAUCAACGUGAGGCGCUUCUCGAUUUGCUCCUCGUCCGUGGACACAAGGACAUUGGACCCGAAGUGCGACGUGAGUUGCUUGCUGGCCGAGGACGUGGUGUGGUUGUCCCCGACCCCGAGGCCCAGAAUGCUCUCGAUGCUGGCGACGACACGAUGGAUGUCACCAUGUAG